CCCCGCCAGGGCGAGAUGGGGAAGGUUGCCAUGGAGACGGCAGGGCGGGGCCUGCGCGUGGCGCAGAUUAAUGACGCACUGCGCAGGCGCCGGGAGGCCCGCAGGACCGUUGGUACCCGGAUGGAGCCGGAGCAGUUGGUUCGGAAAGUGUCGGUGCUGCAGGCCUGCGUCCGGGGCUUCUUGGUCCGACGCCAGUUCCAGAGUCUGCGAGCUGAGUAUGAGGCUAUUGUACAAGAGAUCGAGGGUGACCUGGGCACACUUCAGUGGACGAAGGGCUGGAUUCCUAGACCCCGAUUUCUCCCACAGAAGGCAAAAUCCCAUCAGACCUGGAAAGCUGGAGAGAGGGUACCAAAGCCAAAGCAGGAACUAUGGAGCUGCUUCCCAUGUAAGGAGCCUGAGAGAGAAGCCAUCCAAGAGGAGAUGAUGCUGAAGAAGUCAGGAAAGAGCUCAGGAAACUCAGGAAGUCUUCCCUGUCGAGAUGACAGCCCCUGGCUUCAGGACAAGCAGAACAGGAAACCCAGCCAAGAGGAGACCAGAGAUAUGCCAAGGAUGGAGACCCCAGAAGCUGCAGGUCCCGGACUGCCCCACAGCCAGACUGAGCUCCAGGAGCUCCAGUACUGCCGCAGCCACUUGGCCAUGGAACUGCUGUGGCUACAACAGGCAAUCAAUAGCCGUAAGGAGUACCUAAUUCUCAAACAAACACUGAGAUCCCCAGAGGCAAGCCAAACCAGAGAUGAGCCCAGCAUGUGUCCACACCAUGGGGCACAAGCCUGUGAGAGGGCUGGAUCACAACAUAACCCACCACUGCAAGACCAGUCCUACAGAGACAGGACCACUGGAGAGCCAGAUCAUGCGGAUAACUCCUGCUGGAGGCUCAAAUCACAACCCAACAAAUCCCCAGAAAGACUGGCCACUAUAGACAAAACCACUGCUGGGGCUAAGUACAGGGACUCAUGCUACAGGAGGGCUACACCACAACUUCCCACAACAUUGGAUAAACAGGCCUUAGAGAACAGACUCACCAAAGAGCCAGACCAUGGGGGACAGACCUUUGGAGGGACCUGCCUACAGCCGAUGCAAUUCCAGGAGGACCAGACCCCCAAAGACCUCAAACCUAGGGGCAACUGUUCUAGAAAGGCCAGGACACAGGUGCCCACACUCUGUGAGGACCCAGAUAUUGAGGAUAAAUCUCCCAUAGGGCCAGACCACAAAGAACCUGAUUGCCAAAGAGCUAGGCCACAAGAGUUGGGCCUCUCAGAGGACCAUGUUAUCUGGGAUAGGACUUUGGCAGAGCAUGGUGGCCUGGAUCUCUGGAAGACUAAACCACCCAAGAGCCAGACCCCCAGUGAUGAAAGCUCUAGAGAUAGAGCCUCCAAUGAGUCUUGCCAUGAAGGAUGGAAAAACCAGAGGACUGGACCAUAGAGAUCAAAGCCACCUGAGAAACUAUCUUCCACAGGGUCAGACAACACAGGAGAGGACCACUGGAAGGGCAGGCUGUGGAAAACAGGACCACUAGGCUAGACCCUGGGGAGCCAGGGUAGGACCAGAUUCCCAAGGGGAAUGAUGUGAAAUGGCGAGGAGGGAGAUAGGCCUUCAUCCAAGCUCCCUGGUACCAGCUCUGCCUCCUACCCCUGCCCCGGCCAUUGGUGGCUAAUGGGGCCAAGAGAAGCUGGAGCAAAGAAGGGGGUGGGGGGGGGGUAGGGGGGGAGCACCAGUACAGGGAAAGGAGGGAGAAGGACACUCUUUCAUCCUCUGCCUGUGACUCAAUCCAAAGUUCGGAACAAAGAGUCACCUGGGGUAAGUAAAGUGAGGGGCCCAAUGGAGAAUAAAGGUUUUUCUUGGAUUCUGA